AUGUACUGUUCUGCUUGGGUUUUCGCAAUAGUCGGUGCUUUGUGCACUAUCACCGCAACUGCCGACACGCACCGCAAACGUGCUCCGGCAAACUGGCAAGAUGACACGCGCAAUGCGUUGUCGUCUGCCUUCAACUACGCGACUCAAUACGCACCCCCCGAGGCCGUCCCAUACAUUGCGGAGGGCAACAGCUAUGCUACUGCAUGGAUGAAUGACAAGGACGCUCAGUCUAACACGGUUGACAACCCUCCGCCGGCGCCGACUUCGAGUGCCAUCGCUCAGCCCCCUCCACCCGCAUCCCCUGCGCCUAGCCCUGCACCUAGCCCUAUGGAGGAUGACAGGCGCGGCGCGCUUUCAUCUGCUCGCAGCUACGCUACCGAAAAUGCACCUCCCGGCGCGAUUCCUUUCAUUGAGAAGGGCAACAGCUACGCGACUGCUGCAUUGACGCAAGCUGCUCAGCCGACCCCGAACGCGCCUGCGCAGAAACGCAACUGGAAGGAUGACAAAAGUGCCGCCCUUGAGUCGGCGCUAUUCUAUGCUACGCAGCACGCUCCUCCUGAAGCAAUCCCCUACAUUUUGAAGGGACACAGCUACGCUGUGGAUGCAUUGAACCGUCAGCCCGCCCAAGCUACCCCCGCGCCGAAUGGCAACUAA